GAAGAAGUUUAGAACCGUAGUUUCUUGCAUAUUUUGCACUGUUCGGCUAAAUCCAAAUCUGACAAUAAAUCCCAAUUCCUAGGGUUUUCUUGGAACCGAUAGUUUGAUUAACACGGCAGGGCAGCUCUUUCUUUCAAAUCCUCUUAACUUCAAGCGGAAUUGGUCCGAAUUAUCUCGCUAGCUCGAUUACAACGUUAUUGAAAGAUGCCUCAAAGACACUCGAAGAACAAUAACGAUCUCGCCUUCUUCACCUACGACGAGAAGCGGAAGCUCGGAUAUGGAACGCAAAAGGAGCGGCUUGGGAAGGAUUCUAUCAAGCCCUUCGACGCCUGUUGUCUUUGCCUGAAGCCUUUCAUCGACCCGUUGUGUUGCCAGAAGGGUCACGUCUUUUGCAAGGAGUGCAUUCUGGAAUGCCUCUUAUCACAGAAGAAAGAUAUCCAAAGAAAGUUAGCUGCACAUGCUGCCCAGAUGAAGCAAGAGAAGGAAGAUGAAGAUGAGCUCUUGAUGCUGCGGAAGGCCCGGGAAAUUGAUGCCUUCGAUCAACAAAACCAUGGAGCAUUACCCCACGACUACAGUGACAAAAACCUCUCCAUCACAGACAAAAGUGGUGGGUUCCAUGGAGCCAACAGUGUGAAAGCAACUGCCUUUGAAGAGGAAGCACUCCGGACCAUGAAAGCCUUUUGGCUUCCAUCUGCCACACCAGAGGCACCCUCCAAAGUCGAUGCCCCUUCUGGAAACACUCUUUGCCCGGAAGGGAAUGAAAAGAUCAAGAUGAAGAACCUAUUCCCCAUACACUUCACAGAAGAUGAGAGCGGAAAGAAGAAGAUCAAGAGUAUUGAUAAAACAUACAUAUGUCCCAGCUGCAAGGUCACCCUGACAAACACCCUUUCCCUUGUUGCCCUUAAUACAUGCGGGCAUGUUUUCUGCAAGAAAUGUGCGGGGAAGUUUGUUGCUGUAGACAAGGUCUGUGUGGUCUGCGACAGGCCAUGCAAAGACAGGAAUCUGGUAGACCUGGAAAAAGGAGGGACCGGGUUUUCGGGCCAUGGGGAUCAUUUGGAAGCAAGAAACUUCAAGCAUUUGGGAAGUGGGUCGGGGUUGGGUUUAGUGAGACCUGCAAUGAAGACGUGAUCAUGCAGACAUGCAGUCCAGCUGUCCAGGGCUCUCCUUUCCCUUGGUUUUCUCAAUUAUUGUUUUGAUUGCACAUUCAACUAAACCGUUCUAUAGUGGAUGUAUGGAACAUUUUUCUGUGUUUGUUUGACGGACUGUGUCAGUCUGUGUGUAACCUGGUCAAAUGAAAGGGAAGUUGGAAUAUGAAAUAUUGUAUGCACCCGCUAUACCGAGUAUGCCAGUUGUAUUUCUAAAACACUAGAUUGUGCUAUAUGUGUUUGUAUGGUUAUUAUUUGAGCAUGAAUGAAAACCCGAAUAUAAAACUCAAUAGG